UAGUAUAAUUAAUUUCCACUUCAGAACCAGUACUAUUGAAAAUGUUUUAAAACAUACUAUUCACAUUUUUUACAGACCAUGGAAUCGAUUGAGGAGAUAAAUUGCAGUAGAAUUAGGGAAUUCAUUAUACUGGGAUUUCACACAAAGACUGAAUCUGAAUAUUUGCUCUUCAUACUAUUGUCAUGCCUUUACAUUUUGACAAUAUCAUCUAAUACUGUGAUUAUCAUCUUGGUGAGGACCGACCUCCAUCUGCAUUCACCUAUGUACUUCUAUAUAAGUAAUCUGUCUUUCCUGGAAAUUAGCUAUAUCUCAUCCACUGUUCCAAAAGUAAUGGUUAGCCUUAUAACAGGAUUUAAGUCAAUUUCUUUUAUUGGCUGUAUAUCCCAACUAUAUUUUUUCAGCUGUUUAGGAGCUACGGAAAAUGUUCUUCUUACAGUGAUGGCUUAUGACCGUUAUCUAGCUAUCUGUAAUCCUCUGAAGUAUGCCAUAUUAAUGAAUCCUAGGAUGUGCAUUCAGCUGGCGUUUGUCUCUUGGUUUAUUGGGUUUAGCACAGUAGCGGUUCCUAUUGUGUCUAUAGCAAAGUCAUGCUUUUGUGGACCAAAUAUAGUAGAUCAUUUCUUUUGCGAAGCUGCACCUUUAUUGCAACUUUCCUGCACAGAUGUCUCUACACCUAAAUUUCUCCUCUCCUUAUCAGCAUCAACAUUGACUCUUGGUUCCAUUUUUCUAAAUAUGGUAUCUUAUAGUUUUAUUAUACACACUGUUCUCAAAACGCCUACAACCACUGGGAGAAGAAAAGCAUUCUCAACUUGUGUUUCUCACCUAACUGUAGUUGUCUUUUUCUAUACAUCAGUCUGUCUCAUGUAUGUUAACCCAUCUGGUACCAAUACAAGCAGGAAUAAGGUAGUUUCUGUCAUCUAUGGAAUCAUAACUCCAUUAUUAAAUCCCUUUGUCUAUAGCCUUAGAAAUAAAGACAUGAAAACUGCUUUCAUAAAAAUGUUAAAGAGAUUAUCAUAUGCAUAA